AUGUUUAUCUUCAUAUUGUCUCGAUUGUUCCUUUUGGGAUAUCUGUUCUUAUUCCAUCGCUUCCUUGAAUCGCUGCAGGAACUCGACGAGAUGAAGAAACGAUUCAAAGAGAUGGAAGAAGAAGCAACAGGUCUUCGCCAAAUGCAAGCCAAAGUUGAAAAAGAAAUGGGUGCUGUUCCAGAUCCUGCUGGUGCAGCUGCUAGCUAAGCAAGCAAGGAAGAGGUAGAUACAAGGUCGAUAUUUGUUGGAUUAGUAUCAAAAUCAUAUUUUAUCCAAUUUCUCAUUUUUGACACUUAUCCAUGAAGUUUAAUGUCCCUUUGUACUCCCAUGUGUACUUUUUACUUCUUCUUUUUCACCUGUGCUUCUAAAAAAGGGUUAUUCUUCCUGCAAUUCAUGAGCGGGCUCCACCAAGGAGUAUCAUUAGAGAUAUGAAUCUGUGUAGAUGUUUUUGACAAGGAGCCCAGUUCAUGUUAGGCUUGGCUUUCUUCCUCACAAUUCACACUUUUGUUCUUCAAAUCGAUUCUUCUGUUAAGCAGCCGAAAAAGAUGACGAUGUUUAAACGACUCCAUGUACUUCUAUGACACUUGAAAUGCUAGAGAAGAAAGAAAAAGUGCUUCUGAAGAAAGCUGGUGCAGAGGUUAAACAAUCAAAGGAGUUCACUAGAGCGAAAAACAAAAGGGCUGCAAUACAGAGUGUUUGAAGUGAAAAAUACUUUAUGAACUACAAAUUAAAUAGCUUGGCAAUUUUCAGUUCCGUAUUCAUGAUCAGAUGAUAGUGCUUGAAGGUGCAAAGACUACAACAGAGAGAACAAAAGGUUGUGUAAGUUUCUAAAUCUAUUACUAUGUAAAUCAUAAUACAAGGAUAAAUUGAUCAUUUAGUCUCUUAAAAAGAUAUUAUCACCCGUUCGGCCACUUUACAUAUACAAGGCUUACUGAGAAGGAAAAAAACAUCCCCCUCAGUAAAAAAGAAACACGAUUACAUAAUUGUUUUUGAGUUUUUUUUUUUGUACAAGAAUAUUGAUGAUGUAGACAACACAACGGAUGAGAUAAAUGAGGAAGCAGAGAACAUGAAACAAAUUCAGGAGGCAUUGUCAACAGCAAUUGCUGCAACAACUGAUUUUGAUGAGAUAAAGGAGAACUUAUUUGCAAGUAUUUGGAUAGACAUGGAGUUUGCUACUGCUGGAGGACAAGUUAUGAUGAUAAUGCCAUCACUAAUGCUUGGUGUAGUUCAUUUUGUAGCCUCGAAUACUGAUUGUGGAGUCCGGGAUUUUGAUAUGGAAAAGUUUGAGAUGUCUAAGCACUUCUGGUUUCCUUGGCCUGUGAAUUUGCAGACCGCAUGUGUAGAUCUGCUGCAGUUGAUCUCAUUUGCAUCGACUCUGUCUCAGCUCUUACUCCACUUUAACUUUACAUUUUCACAUUUAAUAGUACUACUAUAAGCUUUAUGUUUAUUAUUAGGUUUACAUUUGUUAGUAUUAUUUUAUUUAUAUUAUGAUUUAUGAAUUAUGAUUUAUGAAGCGCGA